AUGAGAGGAAAUAAAGAUAAAGAUCUUGAAGCCACCGUGGGACCACAGAGUCCACGAGGAGGCGAUAAAAAAGGGACCAAGUUCAAUUUUGGGGUUUUUUUGAAGAAGAUCCCUCUUCCAGUGAACAAGAGACCCAGCGAGGAAAUAAGGGUCAAUACAGAAGGACAGGGUGAUCCAACAGAGUUUUCGUUAUCGCCAACGGCGAUGAGCAGUCCAUCGGAAAUGGUGGGCCUGGGAAGCAGUGGGGGAAAUAUUAUAGAGGAAAACAGCAACUACACACAUGAAAUAAUUCCCGUGGGAGAUCCCAGCAGAACUCAACAGAGGUAUGCUACCUUCACAUCCAAGUGCAUUUCGUUGGAAAAUAGCGAACUUACAUCACAGAUAGAUCUGGAUGAGCAUUCGCUCGAUGAGCCGCAAGAUUCUGUUUUUACACAUGAGAGUCGGCCACCACCAAUAAGUGUUGGGCAGAAGUGCAUGAAAAAAAAGCCACAGAAUUUAAAGUCAAGGGUCAAUAACAACCACUCGGUGACAUCUGUCGUAGAUAAUCCGGAUUCCCGGGGCGAGGUGUUUGAAAACUACCAACACCUUGAUAAUUUCGAAGCAUAUAAGAGAGAAUUAGCUGAAGAGGAUGAUGUGGUUGAAUACUUAUCAGAAAGCGAGUCAGAUUUAAAUGUGAACCCGUAUCAGGAAGAAAAUGCCAAUGAUUAUAAAGUUGGAGGGUAUCAUCCUGUUUCUAAAGGAGAGGUAUACUUUUCUCGUGAUUUUCCAAAUAGAGAAUACAUUAUAUUGAGAAAACUUGGCUGGGGUCACUUUUCGACUGUUUGGUUAGCCAAAUCCAGAUACAACCAAGAGCUAGCCUCAAGUACAUCACAAGAUUCUUCGGUAGAUACAGAUGAUCAUUAUGUUGCAAUUAAGUUUGUUAAAUCGAACGACAAUUAUAUGGAAGCUGCUGAAGAUGAAAUUAAACUAUUAAAAACACUUGCCAAGCCUUUAGUUUACGGUAAACAUCUAGAUGAACUGCACAAGAAAUUCUUUGAGAAUUAUAAAGUUGAUAGUCAAAACCAGCCGGUGGGGCAUCCUGGCUACAAACAUAUUAUGAGGUUAUUGGAUGACUUCGAAGUUACAGGGCCAAAUGGAAAGCACAUUUGUAUGGUUUUCGAAAUAUUGGGUGAAAAUGUUUUAAACUUGAUCUUCAAAUCUAAGACUAUCAGUAAAGAUUUGAAACAUAACUCAAAAUCGCAAACUGAGACGAAGGAUACGAGACAAGAAAAUAAUAAAAAUUUCAAGUUAUUUAAAUCAAAACUCAGUUUAGGAUUAAUAAAUAAUCCCAAAAAAGAGAUUUCCAUCGACAACGCUAUGGGUUGCAUAAAGAACAAUUCUUCAGAUUCUUUGACAAAGUUAAUUGAGGUACAGAAAACUUAUGGAGGAAUCCCAUUGACAUUAGUCAAGCAAAUUGUGAAGCAAAUGUUUUUAGCUGUUGAUUAUAUGCAUCAUUGUGGAAUUAUUCAUACCGAUUUGAAGCCAGAGAAUAUAUUGAUUGAAAUCAAGGAUAUCAAUAAUGUAAUUAAGGUUAUAGAGAACGAAAAGAUAACAAAAUUCAAUGCAAAAUAUAAGAAUAGAAAAGACAGUUCGUUAUCUACCGUGAACAUAAAUACUGACAAAAUGGGACUUAAUAGAGCUAACUCAACUAAUCUUAAGACAAGAAAAGAUUCUGUGGGUUAUGGAUCAUAUAGAAAAUCAAGAAAUUCAGUAUGUGGUAAAUGUGACUCUCCAGUUAGAACUUCAAAACCUUUAUCAUCCAGUAUCAAUACUGAUGCUAAGUUUCAGGAAGUAUCUUUCAAUAGCAGGGGAAGCAACGGUAGGAAAAACUCCCUUUGUAAAAUUAAUGAUGGUGGAAUUAGUCCUACGAAUAAGACUGUGCUAAAACAGAAGCACGAUAAGAAUGACAGUGAGUUAAUUUCUAUUAAAAUUGCUGACUUUGGUAAUGCUACGUUUUCCCACUAUCAUUUUACCAAUCAAAUACAAACCAGACAAUAUAGGGCACCGGAAAUCCUUUUGAAACAUAAAACAUGGGGAGCGUCUGCAGAUAUAUGGUCAAUUGGAUGUAUUAUAUUUGAAUUAAUUACUGGUGACUAUUUAUUUGAUCCUCAUAAUGGUAAUAAUUUUGACAAAGAUGAAGACCAUUUGGCGCAAAUAAUUGAAUUAUUGGGUGAAUUUCCUUCACCUACUUAUUUGGACAAUUGUGAAUUAAACUCUGCAUUUUUUGAUAAAGAUUCAGCUGGUGUGUAUUCAUUAAAAAACAUUAGCAAGUUGAAGUACUGGUCCCUUCAUGAUGUGCUAGUCCAGAAGUAUAAAUUUGAUGAAAAUGAUAUCAACCUUCAAUUAAUAAAUGAUUUAAUAUUAAAAUGUUUAAGCUAUGAUCUUGCAGAAAGGUAUGAUUGCAACUCCUUAGCUAAUCACCCAUGGUUAAAGAAUGAUAUUGAUUUAGUUAAUUUUGAUUUUAAAAGCUCAACAAAUUUACCUAAGGACCAUAGUGACAUUCCUGGAUUUACAUCAUAG